CAAACGCAUUGUGCGGUCAGUAUCUAUAGCCAAGCGCAACAUGUACACUGCACUCGGAAGCUUUUUCAUCGUUUUACGCGUCAGCGUCGUCAACGCACACGUGUGCACGCCCCGAGACGUCAUCGCCAAAGCACUGGAAGAUGCGCCCAAUGCGCGAAAGCUUACACAGCUUAUGCACGAAGCAACGACGACGACCUUCUUCCUUCUAUACCAUUCAGAGAAUAAUACGUUUCGUUUCAAAUAUCCUUGCCUCUGCGUUGCAAAAGCCCCAUUUUCAACAACCAAACACGUGCCUAUGUACGUGUACGGCUACCGGCAUAAAAAUGAGCUACGGUGGAAUAUCACGUCAGUACAACUGAACAAAACAGAUGAAGCUUAUCUGCAUAAUAACGAAUUCAGCGUCGGUAUUGAUCAUGGGGGACAAGUGCACAAUGAAGUCUUUCAGGUUGUAUACACUGACUACGAGCACUGCAUUCUCUUUUGGAGCUCAAUGUUGGGUACGUCUCUAUUCCUGAAAGGACCUAAAUAACGAUGGCAGCUGUUAGCUGGAAAAUUCUCUGUAGCAAUGAGAAUACUUAUUCUAGUGUCAAAGUAUAUUGCAACUAUCAUGGUACCAGGAUAUUUCAAACACUAAUUAAGCGGCUUGCCACGUUUUCUUUAUUAUUGUGCCAAUUGACUGUG